AGAGAAACCAAACAGAACAGAACAUAAAUAGAGUUUCACUUCAUCAGUUUCAAAAUGGCUUCUUCAGAUCUUUAUAUCUUUGAUGGUUCUUCUUCAUCUACGUCCUCAAUUUUCCGAAACUCUAGUCCGGAUAUGUUCUCUUCAGACACUACAACAACAACAGAUUUGUUCUGCAACAACGAACUCUACUCUGUUGAUGAAUCUCUCAACAUGUUUGACCAUUUCACCCCUCACAUCCUCUCUUCAUCUCCUCCAAGCGACCUUCUCGGAACCCUAACUCUCUCUCAUCAGAUUCCCACCGGGUUAUAUCCAAAUAUCUCAGACGCCGUCAAAACAGAGCAGUUUUACGGCGGCUCCGGUCAUAAUCAGACGGAAACGGUUGCAUCAAUGGCGAGAAGCUACAGUGCAAUAGAGAAUGCAGGAAGAUAUAUGCAGAGAAGCUUUAGCACCAACUCCGUAGACGGAAAACCAAAUCAGAUUCCCUUCAACAACGUUCCGAUAAUGGAUUCUUUAAAUAUCCAUUACAAUACCUUGAACUCGCCGGAAAAUGAUUUCUUUUCCGGUCAGAUGAUGCGGCGAGUCUACAGCACAGGAGAUUUGCAGAACACAAGAAAGAAUGUUGCCGAGCAGAGAUCAUCGGAGCCGUUUCCAGACGCGCAGAACUUGAAGGUGGGACGUUACAGUGCAGAGGAACGUAAAGAGAAGAUCUCAAAGUACAGAGCUAAACGUAACCAGAGAAACUUUACCAAAACUAUAAAGUACGCAUGCAGGAAAACGUUGGCGGACAGUAGACCUAGAAUACGUGGAAGAUUCGCACGCAACGAAGACGUUGUAGAAAUUCCCACCAUUGAAGACGAUGACGCCGAGCUUUGGAAAUUGGAUGGGCUGCAUGAGGAAAACGAAGCUUUUGGGAGCAGCUUUGUGGUGCAACAAUCUCAAUUGCAAUACGCAGCUUCUGAUUUUUCUUCUUCUUUCUGGUGAAAGACUUUUAAUAAGACUAAGGUCGUACAAUAGUUUUUAGAACAACGUAAAUUUUAAUAAGCUGCAUUGUAUUUAGUUUAUAUACUGAAAAUGGCUUUGUCAGGUGUCCUUUCUUUUUGUGUGAAUGUUGAAGUUCAAUAAUGUAAAUUCAACGUAUGCACAAAUUAGAUACUUGACUGAGGAAGAAGAUUCUAUUCUUUAAUAUAAUGUCAUUUUAUAAGAAUUUUAAUCAGUGGACUUAAACAUUGAUUUUGUUAUGCUCUUUAUCACAAAUUUAUAUUGUUAUUUAAUAAUCCCUAACAUGGAGAAUCUUGGUCAUCUUAGUGUACGAAAAGCAUUGGAAAUUAUUGCGUUUGUAUUUUGCUCAAGUCAAAUGAGUCCACUCAAUAUACAAAUCCCGUGGGAAACAUUACAAUUUCUUUUUGUAACUAUGUAUCAUCACUAGGAUAAUUAUUAAAAUUAUUAGGAAAUAGGUUAGUUCAUCUAAUUAUAUAAUAAGCUUUUUAUUAAACUAACAACAAAUUCAUUAUUAAAUAAAAGUUACGGAAUUUCCUAAUGUUGCUAUAGUAUAUAUGGAAAUUAAUGAUUUUGAAUAAUAAAAGAUUUUGAUAAAAAUUAAAGUAUCUUAUAUCAUAUUUUUUUAAUUUUAAAAUAUUAAAAUAAAUUAAACAAUCAUAAUAACCAUAUAAUCAAAAAUUUAGAUUUUUUUGUAUAUGUUAUAUUUUGAAUUUUUGAAAAUGACUAUAAAUUACUAAAACUGUUAAAAGUCUCACAUUCAAAUUUUGUGAUCCAUGGUUUAAAGUUUUUGUUAUGACAAAAUACAAACAAUUACAAAAUCAUAUAAGUAAAAAAUCUAAUUUAAUUAAUUAUUAAGAUUAAUAUUUUAAUAUGAUGAAUAACCAUUGUAAUCAUAUGGUUAUCAAUUUAAUAUUAACUUUAGAAAUCAGUAAACCUAACAAGUUGUUUACUUAGACAUAAUUUAACUUCCAGUAAAGUUUAGAUAUAAUAGUCAAUCAACUAUAUAUGCAUUUCUUCCAUCACAAUUCAGUUUCCCCCUGCAUUCAGAUAAUAUUAUCCUAGCUAGUAAGGCACCUCUUAUCAAGUUAUCACUGAAAACACUUCAGGAAAUACCUUUUAAGCAUAAUUGGUAAUUUGAUUGAAUCACAUUUAUUCGGAAAAUAAAGAAGAAGAAACGGAGGCUCACAUGUGUUUUCUUGUAUCUAAAACAGAUUCAUUGUGGAGGAAAAAAACAAAAGGACUGAAAAUAGCACUUUGAAGGAAGAUCCAUUUAUCGUAAUUUUAUAUAGUAUCUUUUUUUUUUAACUUAUUUUGCAAUCGUGCUAUAUUUAACAAAGUGAUGUCAAAUCCAAUGGGCAAUGGCAUUAUUAGCCGCGAUAACAAAUUAUAAGAACAACCACCAUAAUACAACUAAAUAAUA